AUGUACUCCGUUAUCCAGCCGGCGGCUUCAGCGACGGAGAUGCAUGUUUCUGGGCAGAGCAGGAAUAUCAAGGAAAUUGAUCUUGCCGCGGUCUUCUUGACUCGCCAGGACAGGGAGAUUCUCGCCCUCAUCACCUCCUUUGAUCUAUCACACAACAAUAUUGAGCAGCUGCAUCAGCUGGACGCACUGACGGCUCUAACACGGCUCAAUGUGAGCUACAAUAAAAUCGCUAGAAUCGGUUUUCUCCCUGUCACAAUCACGGAACUGGAUUUGUCCCACAACAGUCUACCGUCGCUUGAGGGUAUCGGCUCGCUGCCGCACUUGCGUGAUCUGAACGUGAGCUAUAAUUGCCUAAAGAACUUGAUGGGACUCUCGCGCUCGCAGCCCCUGCAAGUACUCCGUGCGGGAGGAAACCGUAUUGUAUCGACCAUUGGCCUUGAGAGCAUGGCGCAGCUGCGUUUAUUGAGUCUUGAUCAUAACUUAAUAGACAACGCGAACGAACUUCACUUUCUGUCGUCCACAACAUGCUUGGAGAUGCUUUCUUUGCGAGAAAACCCUGUAGCUAAUAUGAAUGGAUAUAGAACUCUUGUGGCGCGCCUGCAGCUGUCCGUGCUUUCCCUGGAUGGUGUGCCCCUCCUGCGCGCCGAGACGGCAUGUCCUUCGACCCCAAAGGAGGUUCAAAAGUUGACGCUGGCGCCAGUCUCACUCGACACGUCAAGGACGAUUCCCCCGCCCAUGAGCGACGCCGUGACACAUGCUACUUUCCCCCCUGCAACGCCAAUGGAAGGCACUCUAGCUGGGAAUAAUUGCCUUCAAGAGCGAGCUGCGCGAGGGACAGAAGUUGCCGCGCCCUCAAAGAAAGUUAGACCCAAAUGUUACUCGACACGAGGGGAGGCAGCGCCACAAACUGCUGCUGGGGACAUGCCGGCUUUAUCCGAAUGCGGCCAAAAAAACCACAUCCACGAUCAUAAUCUGCCGAAGUAUGGCUCUUUACAGUCGCAGCGGCAAAAAAUACCGGAAAAAACGAAUCGGAAAUUUUCACAGGAGUUGUUGCUUGCGAGCUUAAAUGUUGAAAAAAGUGGAAGGGAGCCACAAACGAAGAAAACGACCGCUGUGGAAACAUCAAAAAAUUUAGCUAUACUGCCUUCACACGCCGUGGAGCGUAAGCUGCACGAGGCAGAGCUGUUACUGGAGGAUAUGCGGAAGGAAAAUGAAUAUCUUCGCACGCGCAACAAAACUAUCGGGGAUCAAUUAAAAGAGGCCCGGCGGGUGAUUACUUCACAGCUUGAUGAAAUAAACAGGCUGAGGUUGCAGUUGAAUUCAGCAGAGGAGAAUGAAAAGAAAUUGAAAGGGCGUCUUGAUAAAAUGAAACGUGGCGCUCGUGUCGUUGACAUGCAUACGCACAAUACCGUGGAUGCAAUGGUUAUAGAGCAGGAGCGACUGAAAGCUGUGUACGAAGCACAAAUAGCCGAUUUGCGUCAACAACUACGUUGUGCACAUCGUCAGUUAGCAACUGCGGUGACCGCAAAGAUCACUCAAUCAUCAGGAAAGAUCAAGGAGAAAUCACCGCCGCAGUCAUCGCGCUCUGUACAGGGUGAGGCAGAUGUAAAUGAUGCCAGUGUAGAGAUACAGGCAGUCAUUGUGGAUGAUACGCGUGCUGCCCCUACGAGUGGCGAUUAUGACGAUACGUCUCUUCUUACGACGAACGGUGAGACGGAGGAGCAGACUCCAGGCCGUAUCGCAGGGUUGCGUGCUGCGGAUAUUGGAAAACUUGCGGGUGAGUUGAAGAAUUGGCUUUAUUCUGAGAUGGCAGAGGAUGCUCGGCGAGCGGAAGAGGAGCGUGUACUUGACAAAAUACGCCAGUCCCUUGAUCAAGAUAGCACGCUGAAGAAAGAGUAG